AUGACGGGCAUCAAGCCGCCGGUUGGCGGAGCGUCUGAAUUCCUGCAAGAUCUCGCUCGCCAGGUCGAGAUUAUAGUCUGCCUCCAUUGGCUCGCCGAGUUCCAGAUCCUCGCAUGCAUCCCGCUCGAGGAAAGCGUUCCGAUGAAGGACCUGGCCGAUUUGGCCGGGGUUCCCGACACACAGCUGGCUCGCGUCGUCCGGCUGACGGCCACGCGCGGAUUCCUCCACGAGCCGCAGACAAACCACGUUGCGCACACGCACCUGUCGGCGCAGUUCAUGGAAAACCGGUCUCUGCUGGAUGCCGCCGUGUUCAUGGCCGAGUUCGCCGUCCCCGCGGCCCUGCACAUGUCGUCAGCAACCCAGCGCUUCGGUGCCUCGGCCGACCCCGCCCAGAGCGCCUUCAACCUGGCCUUGGGCACGUCCGAGCCAUUCCACCGAGUCCGCCGGGAGCGGCCAAAAGUGCGCCGUCAGUGGUCGGCUUAUUUGAGCCAUGUAGCGGGGGUCCAUGCAGAAGGCAAGGUGGCUGAUGCGCUUAUGCGGCUCAGCUGGUCGAAUCUGGGCGAUGCAUGUGUCGUCGAGGUCGGCGCGCAAUCAACUCGGCUGGCUAGAACCCUGGCAGAUCACUCCCCAAAUCUCCGUGUGGUGGUGCAAAUGGACGCGAAAGCCCAGUCAUCCCCGCCCGUUCUUCCCGACAGCCUGUACCACCACGGAGCAUUGGAGGGUGGUCUCGGUCUCGGCACCGACGAAGCGGAGCUGGCCACCUCAAUCUCCUCCUCCUCCUCCCCACCCUCCAACUCGUCAGGAUCCAGCUCCGGCUCCACUACCAACUCCAGGGUCACUGUAAUCUCCCGCCCCGUGGGCAUGCCGCAACCAAUAACCGACGCAGCAGCUUACAUCAUUCACAUCAUGCCCUCAAGCGGCGCAGAGGGCGGGCCCACAGUGCGUGCCCAGCUGCACGAGUACGUUGGCGUGCUCCGCGCGAGCAUGGGGGUCAUGCUCGUCCUGACGGCUCAGGUACUUCCCGAGCCGGGCAGUGUCCCGAAUUCCGAGGUCGAAGCUGUGGUCCGCGCCCGCGACCUCAGCAUGCUCCAGCUGGCCAACGAAGGCGCUGUGGAAAUGGCCGAAUUGGUGGGCAUAAUAGACACGCUGCGUGACGAGACUGGCAAGCUCGUCGUCAUCAACAAGCUCCGCGCUCAAGACGGUCUUGUCUUGGUUCUUGUUGUCAAAUACCAAGCUUGUUAA